CACCAAAAGGCCGAAACAUCCAUCCAAACCUCUUUCUUUUUCAUGUGACAUGUCUAGGUACUUACUAGUUCCCUUUUAUGCUCUUCUACUUUCUGUUCCCAAGCAAAAGCCAUUGUUUCUUCACACCUUUUGUUUUCUAAGUACCAACCUAAGUUUCUUCUAAUCCGUAAUCUUUUUCUUUUUCAUGGCUUUCCUCAAGUGGGUUUUACUGAUUUUCACUCUUCAUUCGUUUAUGCCUACACCCAUUUCUUCAAAUCUUUCAUUAAACAAGGAAGCCUUAGCGCAAAUCCCACUCAACUUUCUCGAAUUUUCCAAGAAACCAGAGAUUAUGGAUUGGAUGGUUAAUAUUAGAAGAAAAAUACAUGAAAACCGGGAGCUUGGUUAUGAAGAAUUUGAGACUAGUAAGCUUAUACGAGCUGAGCUUGAUCUUAUGGGCAUCCCUUACAAGUGCCCGAUUGCUGUUACGGGUGUUGUCGGCUAUAUUGGCACCGGCAAGCCUCCUUUUGUCGCACUCAGAGCAGAUAUGGAUGCUCUUGCCAUGGAGGAACUGGUUUUAUUGGGAGCAUAAGAGCAAGGUUCCUGGAAAGAUGCAUGCUUGUGGACAUGAUGCUCAUGUUGCUAUGCUUCUUGGUGCUGCAAAGAUGCUUCAACAUAAUCAAAAUGAUUUGCAGGGAACAGUUGUUCUUAUUUUUCAACCGGCAGAGGAAGGGGGUGGGGGAGCCAAAAUAAUGUUAGAUGAAGGGGCUUUGGACAAAGUUGAUGCCAUCUUUGCACUCCAUGUUACAGCUAGAGUCCCCAUCGGUAUGGUGGCCUCCCGACCUGGUCCGAUUUCAGCUGCAAUGGGUUUCUUUGAGGCUGUAAUUAAUGGAAAAGGGGGACAUGCUGCAAUUCCUCAGCAUACAGUAGACCCCAUUUUAGCAGCUUCCAAUGUGAUUGUUAGCUUGCAACAUCUAGUUUCACGUGAAGCUGAUCCCUUGGAUUCUCAGGUGGUCAGCAUUGCGAAAUUCCAAGGGGGUGGUGCAUUCAAUGUCAUUCCGGAUUCUGUCACCAUUGGUGGCACUUUCAGGGCAUUUUCAAAAGAAAGCUUUCUUCAACUCAGACAAAGGAUUGAGGAGGUUAUAUCGAAACAAGCAAGCGUACAAAGAUGCAAUGCAACGGUGAUCUUCGACGAAAGGUCCAUGUACCCUGUGAACUCAAACAACAAAGAGUUGCAUGAGCAUUUCAGAAAGGUUGCAGGGGAGAUUUUGGGCUUUGAGAACAUUAUAGAAAUGCAGCCGCAGAUGGGAGGAGAGGAUUUUGCAUUCUUUUCAGAGUCGAUCCCUGGACUUUUUUUCUUUCUUGGAAUGAAGGAGACGGAAGGCGCAGUUCACUCGGGACAUUCACCCUACUUCAGAGUAAAUGAAGAUGUUUUUCCAUACGGUGCAGCUUUACAUGCAUCGUUGGCGAUAACAUACCUCUUGCAAAAUCCGACCAAAUAUACUUCACCUCCAGAAGUAAGUUAUCGUGAUGAACUCUAAUAGUAUGUAGUUGCAUAUCUCAUCCAAACUAUUAUGAAUAAUGAUAGUACUUUUGAAAAGUUUAGUUUAAAA